CCCGGGUUGGUCCAUGUUGAAGGUGAAAGUAUGGUGAUCUGAUGCCAAAUGGAGAAACUGGGGAAAGUUCGAUUGAAUCUAUCCCUUUUCAGGUUUUAAGCUGGAAACCACGAGCUUACUAUUUUCCCAACUUUGCAACUGCAGAACAAUGCAAACAUAUAAUCGAAAUGGCAAAGGUAAACCUUAAGCCAUCUACUUUGGCUUUACUCAAGGGCGAAACUGAAGAAAGCACUAAAGGAACCAGAACAAGUUCAGGAACCUUUAUUAGUGCAUCCGGAGAUAAAACCAGAACCUUGGACUUAAUCGAGAAAAAAAUUGCAAAGGCUACAAGCAUUCCACAGAGUCAUGGAGAGGCAUUUAAUAUUUUGCGGUAUGAGAUUGGACAGAAGUAUGAUUCUCAUUAUGAUGCAUUCAAUCCAUCUGAGUACGGUCCACAGUCAAGCCAAAGGGUUGCAUCAUUCAUGUUGUAUUUAUCCGAUGUAGAAGAAGGUGGAGAAACAAUGUUCCCGUUCAAGAAUGGCAUGAGAAUUGAAGGCUAUGACUGCAGACAAUGCGUUGGUUUAAAGAUAAAGCCGGGAAGAGGGGACGGACUUUUAUUCUACUUGCUGCUUUAAAUUUCAGAACAAUAC